AUGGGCCGGACACAAGCAGCAGGUAGUGUUGAUCAGGCAUCCUCUUACGUUCAGUCGAUCACAGAGGACGUUCGACGACGUCAGGGUCAUUGGUAUCAGUCCCGGGCAGCAGCCCUCUGGCGUAUCAAUAUUCCAGUCCUUGUCACACAUCAGUUACCUUCGCCUGAGCAGAAUUCUACUGCCUCAGUCAGCGAGUAUCCGGAGGCAGAUUUAUAGGGUACCAGCAGUCGGUGCAGUGUACCAGACUAACUCCAUGAUCCAAAGGCAUUCACUCAGAAUAAACGACCCAUUUCGCGAUAUUAACCGUCGAGGGUAAUCUGUCUGGCUUGUCGCUAUCAAACGCAAAGCCAAUUUGCCAGAGGAACUUAAAGGAGAAGUCUGUGUAUAUCGAGUUGCAGAAUCUCUCUCGGUGCAACCGGGAACAGUUUAAUGGGCUGCGGGUUUCUAGAGUGUUGGUUUUCCGACCAAUAAUUUAAAAAAAUGUUUCGGAGAUUUUAACGCAGUUCGUCGGCGGUUGAAAUGCUUCAGUGUCAAAAUCGGCAGGUGAAGCAGAUAGUGGUCCCAAGUGCAAUUAGUGACAGAUCUCAUGAAAUUUUAAGCGAAAUCUUGUAAUGCAUCUUCAGUUAGGAAGGAUUACUUAAGUAGGAUUGCAGUACUGACUAUCGUGAAGCAUGUACUUCUCGUAUUUGAGACACAACAGGAUUCUGGCUUUUGAAUGAACUUGUUCUUGGUCGCCCGAAGACAAUUCACUAGACAAAAUGGCUACUUAAGAAGUACGUUGUUAUCUAUUAAUUUUCGACACCCUUAUAAACUCGCGUGUUUUAUAGAAAACAUGCUCACUUUGGUUUACCUUAUGCUCGUUUGGUAGUAAAUCAAUCCAUUUUUAAAUUUGACACUUAAGGAAUGGGUAAAUUAAGGUUUCAAGGAAGUUUAUAACUAUGUGGGUUUUUGGAUUUCUCCCUGUCCAUUCAAAAAGCAUAAUAUCAGCCUGUUAAUUAAUGCUUCCCAUAAAGUGUACAGCCUAGCCCAAAUUCCUUGCAAGUCGCAUAAUUUUCCUUACACGGAAGGCAUACACCUUGUACACUUAAAACCCUAAACGUUAAGAUAACGGAAAGUUGGGCUCAAACGUAAUCUGGAAUUAUAAGACUUUUUUAAACCUUCUUUUAUCCCAUUUUGAGUAUCGACUUUAAGGACUAAGUAAUUUGCUAUCAGUUGGGCGCAGAAAAAAUACUUUUGUGCAUAUUUACUAUAAAAUGUACGUGAACUUAUAAUAACAUCGGAAACCAAUAGAAAAAAUCAUACUGAUGAAGUAAUCAAUUUAACCAAGUGUUUUUUUACAGGCGAUAAAAGAGAAGUUCAUACAAAAGUUGGCAUUAUGAAAUAACUGAUAUUCUGGGAAGACAAUUUUGGAACUUUACUUAACAUUUCACGAGAUCGGCCGCUGACUUUAAGUCGGUGUAAACAAAAAUGCAAAAAAUAAAGAAUGCAUCUUGAAUAAAAUGUAAAGCUUGCGGUUGUCAACAUCAAGGAUCGUGAACUGCACAGCAAAAUGCGUCUGCCAGCCUUCGGUGUAGCACUAGGUAGGGCAAAUUUCUUUAUUCAGACAUGUUCUCUAAAAAUAAAAAAAGUUGAAGUACUGAUUUGUUUGUUUGGAUCACGUUUUUUAGGAUUCUAAAGGUGGAGGCAAAUAACUUGAUCGAACCGGAGACAUAUCACGAACUUAUUCCACCGGAGAACAGGUAAGCAACUUUGUCCGCAUUACUGACGGGGAUCAAAGAUAUAGCAGAAAUUCUGUUGCUCAAAAACACAUAAACAAAUAAAAUUUUGCAGUAGACCGUUGUGCCUUUGGAAUAAUAUCCAUAUUGUUGAGGUCUCGAUCAGGCACAUUUUCCUCGAGAAACUGUAAACUCUUUUUACUAAACUCCUUUAAUGGUGCAUUUUAAUAUUUUUUAAAUUCAACAGAGUCAUCCCGCGCAGUUAGCUGCUGUGAGCGGCCUUUGUUUUACACGAAGAUAUAAGGAAUCGUAAGCUUGAACUGAAAAACAUGAGAAGAUAUAAGUCAAACAUCUAAAUAAUUUUGGAUCGACUAUGUGAGCCAUGUUUCAUGCUCAGUUUCCUAGAAAGAAAGUUCCAAGGAAGACUGAGUAAGAUGACUGGCGAAAAAAUGUUUAUGACCUUGACAAGUAUAUAUUGUUGCUGAUGAACGUCGUCGGAUCCUGGAGACGAAGUUUAACCCGCGGCGGUCGAUACAAGGAGUCAUUCAUAGAUUCAACUGGUUACGCGGACCAUGUUCUGAAUACGAAUUCCGGCUAGAUCGCAGUUGGUAGCCAGGCCCCGUAUUACAGGUGGCGGGGGCUUGUUUACUGGGGCUAUUUUGUGGGACUCCAUAAUCACAUCUGACCCAUUUGACUUCCGUUUUACGUUUGAGGUUAGGAUUAGGGUACCGGUUAAUGAUUCCCGAUUUUCGGGUUAGGGUCCAACUGCGAUCUGGCCCGAACCAAAUUCCUACAUAUACAGAAAAACAAUUAGUCUGCACUUUUGGAGCCGUUACAUCUAAGAUCGUCGCUCUCAUUAUGCCAUCAUUCGCAUGUCUCCCUUGUAGUAGUCUCGUUCAUCUGAGCCUGCGGUUUACCAAACUGAGUGCCGAGGGCAUUCACGAAGUCGCUAAACGUUUAGGCAACAGAACCAAGUGGAACAACUCUAUUGUUUCUCUCGACCUCACAGGGUGUGGGGUUACAGACCUUGGAAUGUGCUACCUUGCGGAGGUACGUUAAAAUGUUAUGCGUAGGUGCAGUAGUCGAAUUCAAGUUUGGUUUGCGAUAUUGGCCAAAUUUACACAUGUAAUACAAUUUAAAUAAUAAGUCAAAUGUACGGGCAAGUAGAUAAUUAUGCUGUAAUACAAUUAUGCACGUAAGAUACCUUUCAUAUAUACACAAGAGUAAUAGAUUAUGCAUUUAUAUGUGGGAUUUACUACAAUACAUAUUAAAAAGUCAGUUUGCAAACAUGUGUUUUCGGUAAUCCAUCGUCAGGCUAAUACAAUGACUUGGAGAAUAAACUUGUGAGAUAUAGACAGGAUUUAAACAUGUCCCAGGAUCAGAUUUAGUCAAACUCCUUGUUUCCACGACGCCUUCAUGACGGAGUCAGCGUGUUAAGAACGAUGGAGCUGGGGUGGGGGGACAAGAGGAGGGGUUAGGGUUAGGUUGUGAUCAUUGUCUCUAUGUCAAACACGCGGAGUGUGUGUGUGACUGUUCUCAGGACUUCGGGGCGGCGUGCGAUCAGCACCUAGAGUCGGCCAACAAAGACAGACUGCCUAUGUCAACGUCUUCCGACAACAGAGUGCUGGAUUCCCUAACUGAAUGGGCACCGCCCCAGCUGCUGCUAGAAUCCGUUUGCGUAGGCUUUUAGAGUAGUGUGCUGCCGCCCGGUAGAUAACUUCAAAGGUUUCUUUGACGUUGGCUUGGUGGUUCAUAUCGGUUAGAUGUGCAAGAAUUGAACUUGAAAUCGGCCUACUUUGCCCUUUUCCUAGCCUGGCAGACAUGCGUUCGCGUACCCUCCUUUUCAGACGCCUCGUUGUACGGCCAAUGAUUUCCGCUCCACAGGAGCCGGUGGGCGAAUAAAUACACAUCGAUGUGGCCUACAAAGGCAGUCGGUAUUUGUCCCCCAACCGUAUAAGGGGAGAGAUUGUGAAGAAUAUGCGCAAGUUCGCCGGGGGAAGGAACUCAUUGUAAUCGUUCUUAGACGUCGUUUUACUAUACAGAUACAUCAAUACAUAUGGCGCCUUCUUCGAAAUACUGCACUGGACCUAUGACACCCAUAUUUUAUGAUAUUAGCAGUGUAUGUGUACAAGGUGCCCCAAAACGGACCAGGAGGUAGAUGUGCUGGGCCAACGCGGGGACCCACAACAUACACUUGACCAGGAUUUUUCCAAAACAACAACACCCCAACAGGGGGUUAGAAGGAUGAGGAUGAUGACUGGACAGCCAUGCCCACCACCUGUAUACCCGGCGGGAGCGCAAGCGCAUCCACCAGCAAGUAACCGGAUGUCAGGGAACUGUCAGCGCAUACUAGGCUGCGAGGGCCAUGGUUUGCUGAUACUGGCAGAACACACGCUUUCAAAUCUUUUGACCUAGAUGGCGACACGUGACCCUGCAUUUAGUCUGGGCCGUCACCCUUCAAGGUUGGGUGAUCAAACAGUCGUCGGCUGAGUGGCACUAUCCAUAAGCACGCCGCCCUAACUCCCUGAGGACAAUCAUGCGUAUUCCGCGAGCUUAACACGACAGUUUGACCGGCAAUCUCGACGAUGUCCACCGUCUGCUCCACAGCGAGGUGACGGCAGAGAUGGUGACUUGCGCAUGAAUUUAUUUAUAGUUAUAGUGGAUUUGCGAAGCACCUACCGCAUUUUCUCCUCCUACCCCGCCUGCACUCGCUGUCAAGAUGGAGUUAAGAUAACCGAAGGCAGGAGGGGGCGCAAGUAGCUGGCACGGCCGGACCCACACCUAGGCGUACCGCACACCCCCUGGUCCACGACGUACACUGGCCAGGAUCUUAAAUGCAAGAAGAGAAGAGGGAAGAUAGUGUUUGACAUACCGACCGCUCAUACCCUACUCCCAACACUCCCUCCCUCAGCCACGACGACCACAACACUCCGACUUCAUCACACGGGCUGCGCGGGAGCGAAUGUAACACCGCCCCAAAGCAACCAUGCGCAAUAGGGUCAUGAAAAUUAAAAACCGGUUAAAGCCUGAAGCGCAAUCUGGAGUAAUGUGUCGCAUUCCGUGUCAAAAUUGUCCGUGUAACUACACAGGGCAGACUGGGCACAUGCUCGGAUCGCGCAUACACGAACGUAAACUGGCUGUGCGAUGAGGCGACGCAUUAUCACAAGUGGCCGCCCACACCUACGAAGUGGGUCACGAAUUUAACUUUGCGGCCACCAAAAUAGUCGCCCACGCCGGAAACAAAACAGGCCGAGAAUUGAUUGAAGCCUGGGUCUCGGAUGAGAGCUCGGUCAAUCGAUUUAUCGAUCUGGCGCCGGCGUACAGAGCCCUGCGCAGUCACCUCCAGUCCUGCGCCGUCGGUCGAUGAUUGGCCUACAUGCCUUAUAACUGUCGCUUGUUCUGUUGCUGCUACUACCUCUGACGAUGGACUCCUGCACGAGUCUGAAAGUUCAGGACAAUAAAGGAGGUGUUCCGGUGCUCACAUCUUCUUCUUCAUUUAUGCAUACACCUGGAACGCGAAAUUUCGCCUUCAUUCGUGUAACUAAUCCCCUUGAAACAUAAAAACCUGUCCUUGGCUCACAUAUUUAACGUCUAUGUAAUUUCAGUAACCCAAUGAUCAAUUACCGAAAUCAUCUGUCUCUCAAUUGAUUUUUACAAAGUACGUUUUACCACAAGACUAAUAAAAACCCCCAUAAGGGAGGCAAUUUGUCAAAGAUGAACGCUUACAUAAUACAAAGAUAAGGCAGUUUUGACAGCAUGCGACGUGAUCUUUACGUCUACCGACUGAAUUUGUCGUAAUUUCAUUUAUUUCGCGCAUACUGUUAAGAUAAAGGAACAAAGACGAACGAGAAUAGUCAUUCACAGGAAAACAUUUGUUAAAAUGAUUCUCGGGCGAACUUAAAAGAGCUCCCUGUCGUCUAUGUUCGCUGUGUCGACCUGACAUGUGUCAAGUCUCAAGCUAAGGAAAGUUUUAGCUCCACUUUUCACGUUAAAAAUUACUGUUUUGGUAACCAAUGCGUGACGCUUUUGAAGUCAAAUUUUCAAGGCCAAUUUUGGCUCUCAUAGGCCCUCCGAACGAACCGACGGCUGAAGUUCUUGACGCUGGCAAACAAUCAAAUCGGUGACCUGGGAGUGAUGGCUCUGUGUGAGGUAAACAUAAAAAUGCAACACUUCUGACUCUUUGGCUUAACAACCGAAGGGAAAACAUGACAGGAGAUGUGAAACACAUACGCUCGAAUUCUGUCAAAAUGGGGAACCUAUAAUUAAAUUUGGAAGUAAACGCCUAAAUAAUCUGUGUUAUGUUGAUGUCAGCCAGACGUUCUACGCAAAACCUACUCAGGGACUAGAAGUAAUUUUUUUUUAAAAAAAACAACCAAAUAGAAUAUUCGCUCUUUCAAAGCUUAUUUUCGGGAAAGAUGUCGGCACCUGAAUAGUUACAUGCAGGUCAACUACCCUACUAUGUACACAGCCUUCCGGCAGGCUUAGCUGCCGUCAAAGGUAAAAAGCAGACUUUUUUCUAUAUGAAUGUUCCGCGAAUUCCAAUACAUACUGAUGUUAACCGCAGCUGCUUUUCACGGAUGGGAUUGAAACAAAUGUCUGCCUGUGGGCAGACAAGAUUUUGCUGAUAGAAGCGAACAGGCGAGUUCCAGGUAGCAGUUCAGAAGACGAAGAUGCGAUCACUGAAACAAGAAAUUUAUUGGCCUGACGUUUCGGAUUCUCACUCGAAUCAAGAUUUUGUUUAAGACACUUAUUCGUAUUCGAGGCUACAUGAGAGUGAGACCCUCUGUUCUGUACGGACUGCUGGACGGACUACCAACGCUACGUUUUGACUAGGGACUUUACGCCCCGAGGGAAGACAAAAGAGGAUGACGCGUACCAACGGGCUCCGAGCUGAAGAUCAAAGCAAAACAGGACUUUCAUUUGCCACCUUUCAAUCAAGAUAGAUAAAUGAACUCCACAUAAGUUGGACUUUAAAUAUUUGCCACCGUGACCGACAGGGCGUGGGUCCCUGACUCAACGACCAAAGGCCCACGGUUCAAGUUCCGCGUUUUCCGUGUGAAGUGCAAACGGCUUUUAAGAGAAUUCAUUGUCUCACAUAUGUAAAUAUUGUAAUACGCCCAAGGUUUACUGUCAACUCCAUCCGGGAAGCCAAUACUUUACUUCCGCUGUAGUGUGGUAUCAUUCAAAACUUGUUAUAUGCACACUGGACAGCAUACGAAGAGAAUUGCAAACUCAAGGGCUGAGAAUAUAUAAAUCUGCCUACACUUUUGGGAUAGUUUGUGCCCUUUUAUUUUAAAGAUCCUGGUUUUUCAGUUUAUUUGGUAAGGAUAAUAGACAAGGCCUUUGAAAACCCUAUUGAUUACAUGUCAGCCCGUUAGAUACAACAGUACACGAACGAUGAAAAUCGUCGCUAUUAAACAGUACUUGAUUCAUUUAAGUAGCAUUGUUUCAAAAAAAUUCCGGGGAUCGCAGUGCACAGUUAGUGACCUAACUCAUGAAAUGUGUCGAAAUUUACGAAUGAUUACUAAUCACUCGCAAACCGACACCAUUUCAUGAGUCAAAUGUCUAUGUUAAUUAAGUACAAGUUUAAAAGAAUUGAAGACAUAAAAGAAAUAUUAUAGGCAGCGUUGUGUUGUUUAGAAAUGUCGAUUUAUUUUGAAAAGCGCAAUAUCCCGAAAACGUCAGAAAUGCCUCUUAUUAAGUUAAGUUCGUUUUUAGAUGUAUAGAAUGCAAUCUCAUACCAAACACGUAGUAAAUAUGAAAGUAGACAUAAAAUAACGUCUAAUAACAGUGUUUUAGUGAAGUUUACAUCUAAAUAUCGCUUAAAAAGUAGUGUGACUUCAUAUAUGACGGUUUGUCCACUGCCUACAUUCUUAGUAUAGAUUCCACAACAGUUUUCCAGUGUUUCAUAAUUUCAUUUACUAGUUGGAGUUAAAUGAGAUGGGGUUCAACAAGAGAAGCUGGAUUUUGCUUGAUUUCGCCGAUGGGGACGUCGUAGGAUCAAAAGUUUUCUUAAGGUGACAUGAAAUAAAAUUUCCAGUCCGGCUUAAUCUGUUUAUUAAAACUCUCGAGGGUAAAUUACUGUCCUUUUAAUGAAAAAGUCGCUCAGAUGCGUAACUGGAGUCUAGGACAUGUAUUAGCAUAGGUAAUUGCACGAAUAUAUUCCAACGUCUAUUUUCGCUAAAAUUUACUGAUAUUUUACUUGAUAUAAUUACGUAAACACAAUUUCUGAACAAGAAAAGGACAUUUCAUUGAAGGAUGUGGGUGAGCAAACAAAAUGCGCCACGUUAAAGGUGUCCAGAAAUUAUCUCAUCAGUUUCCGUUAUCAGAUUUCAUGAGAUAGGUCACGUACUGUAUAGAGCCCAGGUUCAGACUGUCGAGGGAAAACAGGGGACACAAAUAAUCCUCCAAACGUUUCUUGAAGAGUUGCAGGGACUUCGCCUCAACGACUGAUUGAAUGAGAUUGUUCCAUUUCUCCACAACUCUUUGCGUGAAAAAUUCAGAACAAAGAUUCAGCCUUGACAUAUUUGUGCAUAUAUUCAUCGAGUGACCACGAAGACUGAAUGAAAGGUGCCACUGAAAAGUGUCCUCAAGACUAAGUCCAUCAAUAAGUUCCUGAAAGGUUUGGAAAUAAAAGACGUUUUUGGGGAUUGAAGAGGCCCCAACUUCGGCACGUGAGGAGUAGUUUUACCAUAUACAAGGUGAAGGCUGCUCGCUGACCCUCUGGGUGUACUACCCACCUACAGUCACACUUGUUAAACUUUAAAUGCGAACUUCCCAGACGUCAUCUGCAUACACGCAGCUUGAAGUGAAAGUUCAGCGAUGGGCAGGUUUUUGACAAAAAAACUGUUUGGGACUCCUUUUGACGAACUGUCACAACAGUCGGCCAAGUUGACUACCAACACAGAAAUUUAUUGUCAAUUGUAUAAUUUCGCUCAACGGUUCCAGUGCUUCCCCUGAACUCUAGUAGGUUUAGGAGUUCCGUCGGACAAUCUCCAAAGUAUUUCGAGUUUUUGAAGUACACGGAUAAGUACUAUGCUUCGGGUAAAAGUUAGGAUACACCAAUAUGCAUAGAAGGAUCUAGCGAGCAUAUUUGAGACCGAAGUAUGCAACUGUUGGUGAUCGGUCUCAUGAAAUGCUGGUCGACGUUUUGAGAUGCGUUUCGGAUAGGCAACGAAUACUCAAUUGGGUUGUAAUACUAAUUAUCAUGCAGCAUAGUUCGAAGAUAAUUCAGUCACACUAGAAUACCGACCUCUGAAUGAACUUGUUUCCAUCACCUGUAAAAUUCGCACUCGGAAAAAUAACUACUGAAGUACUAGUGAUUUUUUCCACUGUCUUCAAGACUCUUACAUUUUCAGCUACAUUGUAUAGGAAAAAAUGGUCAUACAUAUGCUUUUUUGUCCUCAUUUAAUAACAGAUCACGUCUUUUAUAUUCGAAAAGUGGGCACAAUGAGACUUAAAAGUUAUUCAUUUUCCGAAUGAUCUUGGCCUCGACUUGCCUUUGCAUUAGCGUUUGGAGUUGACAGUCCGAAAAGUGUAUAGUUCUGCGUGAGAAAAUCAUGUAUUUCUCAAUGUCAUAGAGACAUUGCUGUAUGGAAGUCGAAAUAUUUCGGAAUAGAUGUGAAUCAUCUUGUAUUAGUAAUGAGGAGCGUUAAUAAACAUGCAGAUACGAUGGGCAUAAAAUUCUAAUAAUGUGAACUGCUACUAAAUAAGUGCAGAAAAAAGGGACUAAGACCACAUUUUCCUUAAAAUAUUCCUGAAAUACAAAAUGCACCUAGAGCCAAUGCGAAGAAUACACACCAUUUAAACGGUCAAUUUUACUGUGUGGUUUUUGUAAGCGGCCGAAAAGAGGUUUUUUCAAAAGCCGGCAUCCUGAUGUAACCAAAAUACCUUUGCAUUAUGCCAAAAUAUAGACAGUAGUGCUACCCCAUCUACAUAAUCCCUCGUGAUUGAAAACGCAUUUCAGAAUUUCAGUUAAAAGUUAAUGAGAUCGGUCCGACAAAACCACUCCAAAAUUUCCAUUGGUCUGCUGUCAAGAAUUCAAAAACCUUAUUCAUUUUUGAUGCGGUACCAAAUGAUCAUACUUCCGUCUUCGGCCUCAAAGUGCAAAGUCUAUAAAACGUUACUCAAAAUUAUAGCCAAACAUAGUUCCCAAUACUGACUUAAAAACUGUUAUACUUCAGGAAAUAAUUAACACCGAUGUCCGUGUGCGUGGGACCUUUGCUCCGAAUAUCGGAACACACGAUUAUGGCUAAACUCCGACAACUAGGGGGUUUUUCAUAGGCAAAAGUGCCAGAGUUUGAAAAAGGAGCAAAUCGACAUGCGCUCUUUCUCCAAAAUCAAACGAAAAGAAAAAUAACCUGGUCAAGAGUCAAAAAAUCCCAAAAAGAAAGCGCACAAUCGCCGUGCUUAAAAAGCCAUCUUUGACACACAAACAAUUAUUUUGACAGUUUUCGUUUAAUUUUACACAAUAAAAUAGAGGAAGUUUUCGACUCAGAACUUGUAGGACCAGCUUAUCCUGUUUAUCUUACCGUAGAAAGGCUUCCGAUCGUAUUUUUUUCUACAAAUGUCUUAUCAUGGCUUGUUAAUUUUCCCUGUUUAUCUGUUUAGUGAUUUGUAACUUUGAAUGUAUUGUACCCAGACAAUUACCAAGUUCUUCCUAACGGACGACGAGUUGGCUUUGCGACGAAUCCUUCAGGGAGAAUAUGUAAGUCAAAGCAAGCAAAUUUUUCUGAGAGGUCGCUCGUCAACCUUUUUAGCUAGGAGUUGCCAAUUUCUCUCUCUAUCUCUCGGGAGUAGCUCAGCAAAGCCACCGGUUACAACCCUGCCCUGUAUCCGUGUGUCCUCAGAAAAAACGCUAUUGCCGAACCAUAACCGGUCUGCCCAAAAGAUAAAAACCCCUGUGCUUACCAUACGUACUGGCUGCAAACUGGAUUAACUUACGGAGAAAAAUCAUACUUAACUGCGAGAAUGCCUUUUGUAUCUAGGAGUCUGGAAAGGUCUGCUCUAAAUGCGAAAAUUUGAACAGCACACGCUUACAUUCCCGUUGUCCAAACUUCAUGGAGAGCAGGAUCUCCAAUUUAAUAUUUGAGGACUUUAACAGGUUGACUUGAAUUCGUAAAUCAAGACCCUAAGGGCUGCUUACUUUUCAUUCCUCUUCGAUAAAUUAGUCUGAAGAGUUAUGAUCUGAUUCGCGUGUACAUCUUUCCCAGCUCCAUAAAUUCUCUUCUACACUUUAUUCGUCUGUCGGCUCUUUUUCUCAACCGAGGGACUAAGGCUGUUUUUUUCAUUCCUGCAUUGUGGCCACAAAGCUAAAAAACUAAUUUUCAGUCGUCUUCAUUCGACAUCAAAUAAACAAAGCAGUAAUAAAGUUACAAGCGACUCAUUGUCCUAAAAACUACCAGCCACAAUUACUCUCACUCGGAUUCACGCUGACAUUCGCUAAACGUGUACUGUGUUAUGAAAGGUUGUUUCUUGACUUUUAUUUGUGACAUCAAUAGUGUUUAUUGGUACUGAAAGUGAUUUCAGAGACCAAGAAGUAUGUUGUUUGACUAAAUUCACUGUAAUCUGUGGAGUUGGGUGCAGCCCGAACUGUAACAGGACCUGUAUGUGUAAACUGCGUAUAGGCGCAAUAUGAAUGAGCACAUUUAAAGGAUCGUAUAUCUCUAAGGGCUAUGACUGCGUUUCCUAAGUCAUGUUAACUUUGUUAAGCUUUUCACGGAAACUCAAGGCAGGGACAUCGCCGAAGGAUUCAGCCUCAUUGACGUACCACAAAAGGAUGGUUCAAAACUGGCAGCGGCAAAAAAGGUACUGUAUGCAUUUUACAUUUUUGAAGUUAAGCUCAAAUAAACUGUCAGCGCAUCACAAACGAGCCUAGCUUCAGGACUUUAGUGCAUGUUUUUGUGUCAACCUGAAGACUUUUAUUAUUCCAUAAAUGUACAUGAAAAGGUACUUGACUAAAUGAACAUUUAGAGUUUUGAGAAUAAAAGCAGAUAUUUUAUUGUGAAGUCAAAUUUCAGAUAAAAGUCCUUGCAAAACGGUGUGGGUAUCGCGUUAACUUAGACGAAGUAUUUUGAUAUCAUGCAGCCACUCUUCAGCUUUUAUUUAAAGACCUGGGAUCGGAUUAAGCAAACUUGAUUAAAAUGAUUAAAAAAUAGAAAAAUUGUGGUUUGCGUCAGACAAAUUGUUGAAAUUAGUCGGAGUAGCCCAUGCGCGGGCAAAGUACUUUUAUGUAUUUUCUAAGCUUGGUUUGGAGAAAAACUAGAGGAAAUGAACACUCCUUUAGCCGAAACCAUAGCGGAGAACUUUCCAAAAAGAAAACGCACUAGAGAAGGCACAUGACAUUAUGAACAUGCCUAUCGCAUGCCUUGGCUGUAAACGUUUGUAUUCUCAUGCAGGUAAGUUCAUUGUGUUAAUAAGUCCUCAAGCAUGACCCAAAUUUUCAUCUGCGAAAAAAUAUACCCGGGACUCAAUAAAUGGGUUAAAAAUUUCAAGGUUUCGCUAAUUUUGAAAAUUUUGGCAAUCAUAAUCUACAGAACUUGUGUUUUCGAGUAAGUUAUUGAAAACACCGACAAUCGCAAAGCAUUCCUUAAUGUUUAAGGUAGGCUUUCGGACUCGACGAGUCCCCCCAUAAGCGAAAAGUACAGUAGUUUUACGUAAGAAAAAUUCUCCUACUGCACAGGAGAUUGUGUGCUAGUGAUUGCCUCUCCUAAUGAUAUAUUAACUUCUUAGUCACUGCUCGACCUCUUUGCAUGUGACACCAUUAGUACGUUUAUCGUUGCGACAUCCGCACCCAUGAAAUUGAACGAAAUCACCACCACAGUCAAUCGCGUCUAGAAAAGACAAAAGACAAUCCUACUUACAAUUUUUAAACAUUUGGAUAUAAAUAAGCCGCUGAAUGGCCCCUACCAUGCAUAUUACACCAAUUCUUACAUGAUAUUUAGCAGAAGGAGGGUGCAAAGUGGUUUAUUCAAAAAGUGUUCGCUUAUGCUGUUUCCUUACUUUAGUUGUUUACAUGAACACGAAAAAUAAACUUCAGCAAUUUGAAUUUCCCGUAAUUCGACAUUGAUUUUCAUCAAUUUUCGCAUUCUUGCUUUCCAUGAAAAAUUGGUCAUUACCAAGAAAUAAAGUAUUCCGCCCAACAGUUCUGUUGAGCCCGCGUUUUCCUAAAGGUCAUUUUAUUUUCAGUAUCGUGUUACGGUCGAUAUAUUUAGUCGGUCUUUGAGUUAUAAGAAAUUUAUUGUGAAGUUACGCAUACCUCAGAAAUUAGGUUGUGGGCGGCAUGCAUAUAUGUGCAUGUAGAUAUGGCUAUCAUCAUUUUAGAUUUGAGUUAAUGUAAUUAUUUUAUUCUAAAUAAUUACCCUUGCUCUCUAAAACUGGAGGUUUAAUGACGAAUCAACCAAAAGGAUGUUUAAUUAAUUUACUGUAUAUUGGCCACUUCGGUUCAAAAAUCAUACAUUACUCGAGCCAAUUUUGUAUAUACCACUCUCCGCUUUGUCGUGCCAUUUCCCUUCUGUUUUAUCAACAGGCAGCAAGGGCGACGACCAGGUCACCAGUGGCUUCCAAAAGAGGUAAUUAUGUCUGGGCAGACAUCUUUGAUCUGAUGAAUAUUUCCGGCAAAACAUCUACCCACUCACUAUGUUAAAGGGAAAAUACCAAAACUCGGGCGAAGAAUAAGUCAGAAAAGAAUAGUCAGUUGGGCACUGGACUAAGGACUCCUGUAAUAGGGUUACCUUGCGCUUAAUUCCAGGGAUACAUAUUUCCAUGUCCUAACUCUAAACCUUACCCACCCCCCCCCAACACCACCCCUAUUACUUACCUUCAUAACGCUAACCGCCUUGGCACAGGCCGCUUGUUAUACGGGGUCCGUGCCUUAUCAAAUAAUAUUCACAUCGAAGCAAUAACCGUGGGAAAAUAAGCCUACUUUUUGCGCCUCUGUGUCCAGUUGCCCGAGACAGUCGGGAGUGAAGCGGAAGAUAGGAUUUUAAUAUGCACAAUUUUAGUUUAAUUUGCAGAAGUAAUAAUCCAUAAAGGUGUGUGCCAGUGUUCUUAUGAAUUGAGCGAAAUUCUUUCUUCUAAUGAAACCAACAGACGUUAUCUUUUGCUAAAGUCUCAUCCGUUGAUUAAAUAUCUACAGAUUUGAUGCUUCAAUGGCAAGAGAGUUUCCUAUUAGUUUAUUUCCGGGGAAAAUUUUAAAUAAAUAUGGCUCGGUGUGGCUGAGGCGAGGCUCAUGAUGUUGGUAGUCAGUUGGAUAAACACAAGUAAAUGGAAAACUGUUGUAAUGAACACCUUCGAGGGAAAAAAUAAGAUCGUUCCGUUUGAGUGCUUUUGAUUUAAACUUGUGUCUAGGCACCGAACUGUCUCCUCAAAGGAUCCUAUAGCCAGUUCCAAAGUCACAAUACGCAUAAAUGCUUCAGUCAGACACCGAAGACCUUUCGUACUGAUAUUUCUUCGGGAUUUUAGUGCCUCGCGAAAAGAACAAAAAUCUUCAACAACGAAGACCGACUCGCGAAUUCGGAAAUAUAAAGGGUCUAGGGGAAACGAUAACGCGGGAGGUGAGGAACGCACUGCGCAUUUUACAUCCUAAAAUAUGGACUUCGAUUUUAUCUAUCUACCUCUUGCAAACGUUGACUUCAUCCACUUACGUCUUUCUUAUUUCGCCUAAGCGGUUGUUUCAAAUGUCAUCAUUUUGUCUAGCAAAUUUUGGACAGCUUGGAGUCAAAACAUCCCUUACUGGCUGCUGGAGAAAAUAUUCCACCCCAUGGAUUACGAAUACAUGGGAAUUACGAAGUUUCCAUGAUAAACUUGGCGCGUAUGUUGGACUUAUUAUAGUUAUUUUUGAUACUCCGUAAAAAGACCCGUUCGCAGAGAUUCAUGUUUUAUACUUUAAACUGCUAAUGGCAGCGCAUCCUUUCGACUGUAGCUCCUAAACCUAAAAAUACCUUUUAAUAUGACUUCUCAGCAAAAUUUUUUGACAAAACAUGUCAAAUAUAUGUCAGCUCGAAAAAUACCUGCGGCAUCAUUCUUCAGUUGAGAAGGAAACUACUAGCUUAACGGAUGGAAGCAGUACGCGAUUAUUGUGCUGAAGUUAAUGACAGUGAAUUCCGCAGAUUUAUAGACAAAGAUAAAAGUACGCGCUUCAAAAAUCUAAAAACCAGUUAUUCGGUGAUUUCACCUCAGGGUAACAAAUUCAACUUAAAAAAUGGAGUACAUGCAGUUGAUGUGCUAUCCGAUGAAAUGUUAACCGAAAUUUCGAAAUGUGCUUUUGGUCAGAAGAGAUUACUUAGUGGGGGUUGUAAUACUAGUUAUUAUGCGACAUCAUCCUAAGACAUUUCAGCCACACCAGAAUGCCGGCCGCCUGCGAAGACCACUUUCUGUAAAAUGGCUACUAAAGCAGUACGAAAUUCAUCCACCGACUUUCUAUGCUCUUGUAAAUUCCAUUAUAUUUCAAAGAUAACGUGCACAAACGUAUUCUCUCUUGUGCUUCUUUGGUAGAAAAUUGCGUAUUCUUUAAAUUUUUUACCUGAAAAGAGAACAUCUUUCGGUUUCCAAAAACAUUUUAAAUUUCUGAAUGAUGUUUUACCUAACAUGCCGUUAUAUUUGCGUUCAGGGGUUCAAACUAAAUGCUGUGUGCAUUUCGUCUAGGAUAUAUCAUAUACUUUUCUAUGCUGCUAGAAGGAAGCUAUAUAGGACUCGCAAAUGGGUAUGGGCCGGAUUGUAUACUAUAUAGGCAUAACUAGUAAACGUGAUGAUGCGAUGCUGUGCGGAGGAAAAUUUCACGGUCUUAAAAAGCCUCAAAAUUAAAAACGUUUUAUAAAACCGAAAGAUAAACCUUCCUUGGGCACAAAAUUUAAAGGAGACGUACGUCGCUACCGAAUAAGUAAAAUAAAGGUCACUCCUGUGCGUGUUUUCUAUAAAAUAUAACUGAAUUUUGAGGGCAUACAAAAUCAAUAAACUUUCAUGCUACUUAAAUUGACAUUUUUACAGGAUGAAGUUUUUGCAGACGGCCAAAAACUGAGUCCACCCAUUAGCUGGCAUCCUAUAGUGAUUGAAAUAUCUUAGGUGCGUGAUAAUUAAUAUUACAACACUAUCUAAGUAAUCUUUCUGAAUUUAAAGGCAAAUUAGCAUUUUUGCUUAACAUUUCAUGAGAGAGCACAGCUAAUGCAGCAGAAACUACAUGAGGAACUUUGGGCGGAAUCCUUCACAUAUGCGUCAGACAGCUAGCUAGUAUACACCACAGCAACUCCUAGACCAAUUGAUUUCGUCGACCUUAAAAGCCGAAAGCGUUGCACAUGUCCUGGGAUUCCACUGAUGAGAUUGACGAGACUGGCGAGGUGGUGUGGCAAGGGACGCCUGAAAACGGUAACCAGUAUAGCAGUUUUGGAGCAGUUUGAUAAGAUGGUAUACGCGGAAAUGUUUUGUAUCUUUUAGACAGUUUGGUUCACUGCUUAAUCAGACCAACCUUUUCGACUGAGUGCCACCCGACUAAAAAUAAUCCACCCAGAGGCACGGUUGAUGCUUUUUGCCAGACAGUUGGCAUAAGACUUUGAUCUGUGAGCGUGCAUGUGUUAGAUCCAGUCCCUGAUCGGACAUGAUAGGCGUUCUUGAUAAAGAAUGACCCCAACUUACCAGUUAUUGUCAAUAACCACGAACUUUACAAUCUCCUGAAAUGUUGACCAAAACUGUGAAAUACGUAUUCAAUUAGGAAGGACUACUUCAGUAUGAAGGUAAUAAUGACUAUCUUUUGGCAUAAUCAAGUGAUAUUUUGGGCAUGCAAGGAUUUUAGCUUUAAAAUUCUUUUCUUUUUGCCCGCCGAUAAUAAUCGCUGUCGGCCAAAAUGACAACUUAAGUAAUAUGCAUUUUUCUAUAACCACUUUCGAUGGCCUUAUAAUUUCAAAAAAAUCUUGCAAAAACGCAGGCAUGAAAAUAUUCUUUCUUAUGCUCGAAGAAAGAGUAAUUUUUAGCCUUAAACAGGUUCCUCAUUUUCAGAAUGAUUUUGAGCUCGAUCUGUCAUUGCAUUUGCGCUUAGGGUUUUUAGUCUACUAACUGUAUACUGCCCACGUAACGAAGAACAUUCAUUUUUCAUAUCUGUCAAGUAGGUGCCAUAUAGGGUUCAUAAAAUCUUGCAACGGAAGUGGACUAUGUUGUAUACCCUACGAGGAGGAUUAUUGGACACACAUAUUCAAUGCUAUUUGGACGAACAUCGCACAAUUUCUAAAAAUCUCGUAAUAAGAGACUUUUUAAAAACUAAAAGAUGCCACUUCUCCGAGUAUGAGAUUUGGGAAAAGACGCGGUUUACUACCAAAUAAGUACAAGAGAUGAUAUUUUAUGCAUUUUUUCCUGCAAAAUAUAUUUGGAUUUAUAGGGGCAUCUAAAUACAAUAGUAAAGACGCCUACUACUUAAAUAGUCGUCUUUUACCGGGUACAGUAAUUGUAGACGGCCGAAAAGAAGGGCAUCUAAAAGCCAGCAUCGUGGCGUGUCUGAAAUAUUUGCGGCACCCUGCCGCACGAUAAUCGGUAUUACAACUUCACUUAGGUUAUCCUUCCUACUCAAAUGCACAUUUAAUAAUUUCGUUCAACAUUUAAUGAGAUCGGUAAUUGACAGUAUGUCCACCUCUGAUUUCACCGCGCCUAGUUAUUUUCUUUGCCAAUGAAUGCCAAGGACACUGUAUCCACAACGCUCGACUUGAUCGACUGUGAAAGUGAGUUUGCUUCCAACAUCCUAGGUGAAACUAUUGGCCAUUUUUCAGAAUUCAAAUAUUAGUUGAGUGGUAGACACAAGAUGCAGUGUGCCGCUAAACGAGUCAAUAAAUACUCGACCUUGCCGAAGUGACAUUAUAUAGACUUGAGUAUCACAGGUGUUAAACAGCAGUCUAGAGAGUUUGUGCCCACAUAGAUAACCCUGGAAAUCUUUGUGAUAUUAUCGGCUGAAGCUUCAAAGGUUAAAGUACCCCAAUUUACAUUUGUUAUUUUGGUAAGUGAGCCCGUUUUUGAGUGCUCCACUCAUAGACUUUCUUCACUUUGAGAAUUUGUACUGUAAUGAUUUCUUAAGCGUUUUUAUUUCCAGACAAUAAGAUAAGUGUUGAGGGACUCAAACGUCUGACGGAUAUGCUUCAGAUCCAAAUGGAGCGGCGUAGUACAACACGUGGUGAAACACUGACCGGGAUAACUCGAUUGGUUCUUUCGGUGAGUCUUAAAACGCUCCCAAGAUCUUUCGGCACCCGACUCUUGUUGCCACGCGCUCUCUCACGCUUACUGUAACUGAACCCAUCAUCAGAGACAGAGGCAGAAAAGGGUGACUCGUGCACAGGAAGUUGCUGUACUUAUAGGAUGCAGUCGCUAUGCUACCAUAUACCUGUAGCAAUUAACCACGCUCCCCUUCAUCAAGGAUUGUUGCCCGCUGGUGCGCUAAUUGUUUGAUGGCCGGCAUGCAAGUUGCUAAUUGCUGAAAUCUCAUCAGCCGCGUUGGAUGCUGGCGUGAUGACUGCUCGGUCGUCUGGCUCACCGGCUUGCGCGCUCCCCGAGUGGUCAAUUACGUCAGGCGAAUAAAGCCCUUGUUCCAGCUAUCGCUUCUUACUAUCGAACGUCAGUCUACAGAAAACCGAUGAACACACUGCAAAUGCUCAGUUUCAACAACAACCACCCGCUACAACACAAACGAAGCUGUGUCCGCACGCUAUACCGACGGGUGAAAACUUAUGCAGCACGCCAGCCGCCAAACUGGACGAGAUAAAUUUCCUCCAAGAACUCUUCAGAGCCAACGGCUAUCAGCGAGCAGUCGUUGAGCGGAGCCGAAUGCAACCAAGUAGACGAAAUGAAGAACACAGUCAGCCAAAAUCGUGGCGGAGCAUUCAAUACAUGAAAGGGGUCUCAGAAGCCGUGGCUAGAUCCCUCGCGCCGCUAGGAAUGGGUGUUGCACAUAGGCCCGACUCAACAAUCCGCCGGCAAAUGAUGCGACCAAAAGACCCGAUCCUUAAUCAGGAGAUGUCGGCUGUUGUGUACCAAACUCAAUGCAGCUGCGGGAAGUGCAACUACGUUGGAGAAACCGGCCGACGGCUGCGAACGCGAAUGCACGAAAGGUCGGACCCAUAGUUGGAGGUAGCAACUCAUGCCGCGCAAAUGGGACACAUCUUCAACUUUGAGGCCGUUGAGAUUGUGUGCCGGGGCGAUGAUAAUACAACAAGGCAGGUGCAAGAGGCCUGGAUGUCCACCGACUGCUCUGUCAACCGCCACAGCAAUUUGCCUCCCUCCUCCCCCCUAGCUGACUUUACGAACCUUCUUAAAGAGCGACAGUCACGGCGCGGGGCCAUCAGGGCCUUCAGCUAUCUCCGUGGCCAACGAGGGCAGGGGCUUCUCAGGUCACGGUGACAUGCGGGUCGGAUGCAGCCACACAGGCGCCACUGGCGGGCCACGCAUCGAAGUGCACCAUAUAAGGAGAGCUGUGCGCAUGACUUCCCAGUCUCUGAAGAUGGGUAGACGAAACAACUUCUCGAAACGCCAGACCUCCAAUAAACCUCACCCGGCGGACGCCUCCUUCUCUUUUGAUAGUUGGAGGCGUUUAGCCGGGUUACAACGCCCGUCUGGGUGUGCCACCACACGGCCGACUUUUUUUACUGAUUGAUUCAGCCCUCGAGCACAUAGCUUCGUCAUGUGGAGGGAACCCUGCUGUAUACAUUCAUCCAAUUUAGUCUGCAGGUUGAAGUGGUUACUAGCAUCUGGCCGCUACGACAAGCACAGUCUAGUGGAGUUUCAAAUGAAAAAUGUCUGUCAGUUAGGUGACAAACAGAAAAAUUGCUGCUUGCAUACGAGCCCAUGGAACAGCUGUCACUCCUACCAGGCGCCACUCCUGUGGAAACUAUACACCCAAAGUGACAGAAGAUUAUCCAUUCUCACCAGUAGACCCUUAGCAUCCAAAAAAAUCGGCAUUGAGCUAAAUCACAAAAAUGUGCGUUUUGGGAGCUUUCUGUUAAAUACAACGAAGCAUUAGGAUAGAAACUAUUCGUAGUUUCUUCUAGACGCCUGACUUGCCAGAGUAAAAGCCAACUUCAACAGGCAGACAUUAAUAUCAAAAUAGCCCAAUACCUAUUUUAAAGUCUUCUCUUAUUUAAGGAACAGAGAUGUCGUGUGGCUAGUGGUUAACUAUAUUUUCCUUUACAAUUCAUCUGCUCGACGUCAGACCCGUUAAAGUUAACCCUAACAAAAUGAGAAAUGGACGUGUUUUAUGAUAUUCGGUGCUUUCUCCAUAACAUAAACCGUAGACUAAUCUAGAACUUGAGCCCACAUGAGUAAACAAGGGAUUCCUUUUUUCAGGGCAAUAAUUUUGACGAAAGCGUUGAAGAGGCGGAACAACUGCGCCAUCUGCUCAGAGAAAGGACAGAGGAUCUCUGGUCAACGGACGUGUCGGAGACCGCGUCUGCGAAUGACUGA